UUCUGGAGGGAUUGAUGAUUCUGUCUUCACCCUUGUACUGAAUCAGUUUUAUUGGGUCUGAAACAAAGUCUGUCCUGAUGUUUUGGGACUCGUGUGAUCUUAGGAAAUCUGCAACGGCUCAAUUUAUGCGUCUGGAAUAUAGUUUCUUAAUAUAAUAGAGGGACGCGAUUCUGGAUUCAUGAUAAAAGUUUGACUGACGGUGGAUUUUAACUGUCCAAAAUGUGCGAAAAAGGCGACAGUCCCUCUGGAAAGGACGAUCUUCAGACGAAAAGUAACACGGAUCACGUCGAACUUCGCGAGUGCAGAGACACGAACACUGUUCCCGGCUGUAACACUCGUGUAUACCGGAGACGAUGGCUCAUUCUGCUUCUCUUCAGCUCAUAUUCACUGUGCAACGCGUUCCAGUGGAUCCAGUAUGGAAUCAUCAACAACAUCUUCAUGAAAUUCUACAACGUCUCUUCAUUCGCCAUCGACUGGCUGUCGAUGAUCUAUAUGUUGACUUAUAUCCCGUUGAUAUUCCCAGUGACAUGGCUAUUGGAGAGGAAGGGUCUCCGGGUGAUCGCGCUGUUCGCAGCCUCCGUCAACUGCGCGGGGACCUGGAUCAAAGUCGCCAGCGUCCAGCCAAACCUGUUCUGGGUCACUAUGCUCGGACAGUUCACCUGCUCCUUUGCUCAGGUGUUCAUUUUAGGGAUGCCGUCUCAGGUGGCGUCCGUGUGGUUCGGUUCCGAUGAAGUGUCCACCGCCUGCGCCAUCGGCGUGUUUGGAAACCAGCUUGGUAUUGCUAUUGGUUUCUUGCUCCCGCCUGUCCUCGUGCCGAACGUGGAGGACAUCAGUGAACUGGCUCAACACAUCCGAGUCAUGUUCUUCAUCACAGCCGCUGUGGCCAGCCUCAUCUUUCUGCUGGUUGUGUUCGUGUUUCAGGAUAAACCGGAAAAGCCUCCGUCUCCAGCUCAGGUAGCACUCAGAGAAAUGCCCACGGGACAGAGUUCGUACAUGGCUUCAAUCGCAAGACUCUUCUGCAACAAGCCCUUCAUCCUCCUCCUCAUCAGUUACGGACUGAACGUUGGAUGUUUCUACGCCGUUUCCACGCUGUUGAACAGGAUGAUAAUCGAGCAUUACCCGGGUGAAGAGGUGAAUGCUGGGAGAAUUGGUUUGACUCUUGUCAUUGCUGGCGUGGUUGGCUCUCUGAUCUGUGGAAUCUGGCUAGACAAGACCAAGACUUAUAAGCAGACGACUCUCGCAGUUUAUCUGCUGUCGUUUGUGGGGAUGGUGAUCUACGCCUUCACCCUGAACUUGGGUCAUCUGUGGGUCGUGUUCCUCACAUCAGGAGUUCUGGGGUUCUUCAUGACGGGUUAUCUGCCGCUGGGCUUCGAGUUUGCAGUGGAGCUCACGUACCCGGAGUCGGAGGGAACAUCGUCAGGACUGCUCAACUGCUCAGCGCAGAUGUUUGGAAUCGCAUUCACCAUCAUUCAAGGCAAAAUCCUGGAUCACUUCAGCACACUGGCCGGCAACAUCUUCCUCUGUGUGUUCCUCUUCAUCGGCUCCAUCAUGACAGCGUUUAUAAAAUCUGACCUGCGGCGACAGAAGGCCAACCAAAAGUCCCAGACAGAGGUGAACGCUGACUCAUCCAUGCAUUCCCAAGACGGAAAACCGUUGCCAGUAAAAGAGGUUAAGAUGUAA